GCCCGGGGCCGCUUCUGCAGGGCAGCACAGAUGGUUUGCCAAUUCAGCAGGUGCAUUUGGAGGGAAGAGACCAUCGCCAUGGGUGCUGGGGGCAUGGCAAGCUCUGACCUCUGCAAUGCCGAGACCAGCGCUGCCCUGCUGGAUUUGCUUGUGGAGAAUGGUGUCUCCAGUGCCGAGAAAGUGCCAGCCUUCGUCAGGUACAUCCACCGGUGGCUCACGGCCAAUGUGUGUGCUGAGCGCAGACUGGACAGGACUCUUCUGGCUCUGGUCGAGGCGCACCCCGUGGAUGUGGUGGUGACUCUGCUGCGCUCUGCCCCAUGCUGUGACAGAGCUGCUGUGAGCAUGUGGAGAGCAAUCAUCUCCUUGAGAACUACUGCAGAGUCGGUGCUGACGAUCCUUGCCCUCGUCCUGGGAAGCUGGCCAGCCUGCAGCAUGCGCACCUCGGAUGGGGACGAAGCGGAAGUCUUUGCCCUGGCUGCAACCGUGGCACUCUGGAAGAUCCUCCAUCUGCUCUGCUGCACACGGGCAGUGAGGGAGUGUUUCCCCAACCUCUUUGUGCAUCUGCUCUUCCAAGUGUUCUUCAGCACAGUGCAGAUGCCGGAGGAGGUUGACACCCUGUGGAGGGAGUGCCGGAAGCAACACAGCCUUCCCACCAAGCCCAACAGGUUUGCAGUGCUGACCCUCAAAGCCCUGCUGCACCGUCUGCGCUGCGAGAGCGUGGUGGUGGCACUGGAGCGCAAGUGUGGCUGGGACACGCUCCUCAACGCCGACACCCACCACUACGCAGUGGGUCUGCUGGCCAGGGAGAUGGGCUCUUUCUGCACCCCCUGGUGUUGCAGCAUUGUGUGCUGCCUCCUGGAGCUGCUCAGCGAGGAGAUGUGUCCCUGGGAGCUCCCUGCCAUGGUGUUCCUUGUGGAGGCCCUGGUCUACCUGGACGUGAGGGAGUGCGGCGAAAGCGUCCUCCCCGUGUUCGGGAGGGCCACCAGCCGGCACUUCUCCCAAGGAGCCCGUGCCAGCUCGUGUGGAGGCCCCGUGGCCUUCCCGCUGCGGCUGCCUCGGCAGCCGAGGGGGCUCCUUCUGCUGCCCUGGGCAGGUGCUCUCGAGGCCAGACCGCGGGACUUGGUGACCCGGAGCUUCGGCGAGGAGUCUCCAGGCCCUGCGGCAGGUGCCCUCGAGGCCAGACCGCAGGACUUGGUGACCCGGAGCUUCGGCGAGGAGUCUCCAGGCCCUGCGGCAGGUGCCCUCGAGGCCGUUCUCUGGGGCUUCGUGCCCUGGAGCUUUUCCCUAGCGUCUCCAAUCCCUGCGGCGGCUGCCCUUGAGGCCCGACUGUAG